AUGCCAGCGCGUCGACGUGGGGCCGAUAGCCCGCCAGCGACCAAGGCGCCGCCGCCGCAAGACGAGGACGCGCGCCUGUGGGCGCCCAAUCUGCACUCGACUUUCUCGUUCCUGGCGAUCGUCCGGCUUAUCUCGGCGCUCGUCAACAUCCAGUCGGACUGCGACGAAGCGUACAACUACUGGGAGCCGCUGCACAACCUCCUCUACGGCCAUGGCUUCCAGACGUGGGAGUACAGCCCAUUGUACGCGCUGCGGUCGUACUUGUACCUUGUCGUGCACGGCGUAUUGGGCAAGGUCGCCGGCAAUGUCCUCUUUGGCUCGUCCAAGCUCGCGUUCUUCUUUGGCCUGCGCACGGCACUGGGCUUUGCCUCCGCGCUCUGCGAAGCCGCCUUCUACCGUGGCGUCGUCGAAGCCUACGGGCCGCGCGUGGGUCGCUACACGCUCGUCUUGCUCGCGUGCAACAGCGGCAUGUUCCAAGCCUCCACAGCUUUUCUGCCGAGCUCGUUCGUCACGUACCUCCUCAUGCUCUUCUCGGGCUUUUGGAUGACGACCCAAGGCGAAAGCUUCAGCGCGCCCGCGCUCGCGUCCGGCGUGAUCGCUGUCGUCUGCGGCUGGCCGUACGUCGGCGUCAUGUGCGUCCCCUUUGCCCUCCAGUCGGUUCUCGCGUUUGGCGUCGUCCGGCCGAUCGUCACCGGCGUGCUCGUGCUCGGGCUCAUUGUCGGCCUCGAAGUCGCGACCAACUAUUACUUCUACCACGCGUGGCUGCUCCCGGCAAUCAACAUUGUCCUGUACAACGUCGUCUCGGCGGGCUCGGAGCUCUACGGCGUCGAGCCGUGGACGUACUACGCUGUGAACCUCUUGCUCAACUUCAACGUGGGCUUGCCCCUCGCGGUCGUCAGCGUGCCCAUCGCCCUCGCCCAUGGCGGUCUGCGCUUCGUCCACCUCACCCCGCUCUACCUGUGGCUUGGCAUCAUGUUCCUCCAGCCGCACAAGGAGGAGCGCUUCUUGUAUCCUGUGUACCCGUACUUGUGCUUGGCGGCCGCGUGGACGCUCGCGACGUUCUUCCGCGUUGCGCGCCGCGUCGCCCGCCCCGUCGCCCCCGUGCUUGUGACACUUGCGCUCACUGCAUACGUGUGCCUCUCGACGAUGCGGGUCGUCAGCAUUACGACGCAGUACGGCGCGCCGCUCAAGGUCUACCAGUUCCUUCACGACCACAUUGAAGCGAGUACGAACAGCUCGACGCCGAUCCGCGUCUGCGUCGGGAAGGAGUGGCACCGGUUUCCGUCGCACUUUUUCCUCCCAAACCAUGCGCGCAUGGCGUUCGUCCGCAGCGGCUUUCGUGGGCAGCUCCCAGGCCACUUUGCCUCGACGUAUGACGUGCCCUCCCACAUGAACGACCUCAACUUGGAAGAGGUGUCGCGCUACGUAGACAUGGCGACGUGCGACUUUGUGGUCGAUCGGGAUGUCCCUGCGUCGAUGGCGCACCCGGACGAACCGAGCUUGGCCUCGCAUCCGGCGUGGACCCCGGUGUACGCCGAGCCGUUCUUGCUUGCCGAAGCGUCCGAUCGGGUUGCACGUGCGUUCUAUGUGCCCUUUUGGACGCCCACGAAAACCGUGUUCACCAACUACACCGUCUAUGCCCCGGCGUCGACGUAG